AUGCCAUAUAGUAAUAGAAAGCCUAAGAAUUUCGAACAUGGUAUAUACUUUAAUAGUAUAAUUAGCAAUUCUAUUUUCAGAACAAGGGCAAAAAGAAAAAGCACUCUUAGACUACAACACGGCCAUCAAAUUGAAUCCAAACGAUGCUGAAGUAUAUUACAACAGAGGUACAUAAUCAAGCAAAAUAAUUAGCAAUUCUAUUUUCAGAACAAGGUCAAAAAGAAAAAGCACUCUUAGACUACAACAUGGCAAUCAGAUUGAAUCCAAAUGAUGCUGAAGUAUUUAUCAAUAGAGGUAAAAAAUCAAGUAAUAUAAUUAGGAAAUUUAUUUUAUUAACAAGGAGAAAAAGAAAAAGCCAUCCAAGACUACAACAAAGCUCUCGUUUUACAACCAGAUUAGCCACUUUGUCUUACUAACUUAGGAAUCCUUAUUUUAAAAGCAAAUAAUUUGAUUAAGCAAAAAUAUAUUUAACAAGAGCUCAAAAAUUAUUAAAUUAGGCUAAUACAUAAACAUUUUAAUGGAAUUUAACUAAUUCUUAUAUUACAUAUAUUAAGAAAGAACUUAAGCUACUUAGAUAAAUUCAAAUUUAGAUGUAAACUACAGAUCUUUAACUAGAAUAUUUAUCUAAAGGUUUUCCAAUAUAAAAGACUAAUUAAUUAAAAGAAUAAACAUAGAUAGUUGUAAAUUAAUUAUUAUAAGAUAUAAAGCCAAUAGAUACUUAAUUAAAUAAAAAUCAAUAAAUAUUUAACAAUAAUAUUUUUAAAAUAAUUGAGCAGCUUUAAAUUCGAAUGGCUACCCUUGAAAUUAAUGUCAAUUCACUUUUAUAAUAAGAUAACUUUAGGGUUUCUGAAUCUCUUAAACAAUUGAAUAAAAAUUAAUUGAUGUAUUUUAAUGCUUUAACUUGGAGAUUACUUAAUUAUUUAUAGGCAAUGUAAUAAAUUUCCACUAAUCUAUUUUAAAUUAAUAAAAAUGCAACAAUCGAAAGUAAAUCCUUAUAAACUUUAAAUGUUUUUCAAAAGAUUUUAAAUAAAACUCAUAGAUUUUAGGAGGAUUACCUAUUAUUGGGAAUGCUUUUAACAUAAUUAAUGCUGCUCUCGAUUUUGGAUUAGAAUCUUAUAAAGAGCAUCAAUUUACUAAAAGAUUAAAAAAACUAAAUAAUAUUUUAAAAUGUAGUUCUAGAAUUAAGUAAAAAUUAAUCAAAUAAUUUGUUUGAUAAACCAAAAUCAAGUUUUAGGAAGUUUGCAGAUUAAUUGUUGCAAGAAGAAGAUAAAUAAUUCAGAGAUAAUAUUUACUGGGCAGCAGGAUCUGAAGAUGCAUUGAUUAUUUUAAAUUAUUUGGAAGUAAAUAGUGAUAGGAUAGUAAAUGAAUUAUUAAGCAAAAAUGUAAUAUUAAGGUAGAUAAUUGUCAAAGCAAUCAAAGAAUAAAAUGAGUCAUCAAAUAAGCUUAAAGUAGCAGAUAAAGGUUCAUUAAGAAUUUAUUAAUGA